AUUUUUCCCAUAUACUGCCAGAAGGUGGCGGCCUGAAACAUUUCUGUGAACACAAUUGAUAUCUCUAAAGAAGAAGAAGCAGCUUUUCAACAACCCAGGGCCCAAGAAAAUGGAUUUGUCUGCAAAAUUCCCAGAACUUUCCAGUGGUCCUUUAGAUGAAUACAGAAAAAGGGCAUCCUUCAACUGUAAGGAAAUGCUGAGGCACAUGGAGGGUGAGGAAAUAAUUGCUUUCAAGCAGCACAUUUUCCAGACCCUAGAGAACGACCCGCUCUUUGCCAGGCAGCCAGGCGAGGAUAUGUCGCUGGAACGGAGGAGAGAGCUCACUUUUCGUCGCUGCAAACAGCUGUUUAGGUACAACUUCCUGGACCAGGAUGAAAUGAUGCAGAAUCCAUGGAAGGUCACAGUCCUUAACGACUGCCUGGGCAUGUACGACUGGUCCUUAGGGGCCAAGUUCUUCCUCAACAAAGGGAUGUUUGCACGCACUGUGGGUAGCUCUGGAUCUCAGAGGCACUUGAAAUUUGUGCAGGAUACUGAUGAUAUGAAGAUCUAUGGCUGUUUUGCACUGACAGAACUAAGCCAUGGCAGCAACACAAGGCUCAUAAGGACAACAGCUACAUAUGACCCUAGCAGCCAGGAGUUUGUGAUAAACUCCCCAGACUUCGAGGCAGCAAAAUUCUGGGUUGGAAACCUAGGGAAAACUGCCACCCAUGCCGUUGUGUUUGCCCAGUUGUACACACCUGAUGGAGUCUGUCACGGCCUGCACUCUUUUGUGGUUCAGGUUAGAGAUCCCAAAACAUUACUGGCAAUGCCAGGGGUAAUGGUUGGAGACAUGGGAAAGAAAUUGGGCCAAAAUGGGCUGGACAACGGUUUUGCCGUUUUCCACAAUGUGAGGAUCCCUCGGGAAAAUCUGCUCAACAAAACUGGAGAUGUGACGCCAGACGGACAAUAUGUGACCCCUUUUAAGGACCCUAAUAAACGCUUUGGGGCAUCACUAGGUGCAUUGUCUGGUGGAAGAGUAUCCAUAACGAGAAUGGCAUUGGUCAAUCUGAAGUUGGCCUUGACGAUCGCUGUGCGGUUCUCAGCCACACGACGCCAGUUUGGGCCUAAAGAUGAUGAGGAGAUCCCAGUAUUGGAAUAUCAGCUACAGCAAUGGCGACUUAUACCAUAUUUAGCCGCAGUCUAUGCACUGGACCUGUUCUCCAAAUCAUUUUACAUGAACUUUGUGGAGUUUCAGAUUGGUCUCUUGAUGAAGGACAGCAGUGACCGACAGGCUGAGCUGGGAAGAGAGAUUCAUGCCAUGUCAUGCUCAAGUAAGCCUCUAGGUUCUUGGACAGCUCAGCGAGGCAUUCAGGAAUGCCGUGAAGCCUGUGGAGGGCAUGGAUACCUGGCCAUGAACCGGCUCGGAGACAUCCGUGAUGACAAUGACCCGAACUGCACAUAUGAGGGAGACAACAACGUUCUUCUGCAACAAACUAGCAAUUACUUGCUUAGCCUGCUCCAGCACCAGCAGCAAGGUGAAGGAAGGAUUGAGUCUCCCCUGGAGACAGUGAACUUCCUGGACAACUGGAAAAGAAUUCUGGAAAGCAGCAGGUUCACAGCUGCCUCAGUAGAGGAGUGCAUGGACUCAGCAGUGCCUCUGGCAGCAUAUAAGUGGCUGGUGUGCUUUUUGCUGGGGGAGAGUCAGAGGAAGCUGAGAGAGCAGAAAGCUUUGGGGUUGGGAGACUUUGAGGCACGCAACAACAGCCAGGUGUAUUACUGUCGCUCACUGGCAAUAGCCUAUAUUGAGCACACGGUUCUGCAGCGCUUCCAUGACAUGACUAGGGAUGAUGAAACUCCAUCAAGUGUCAGAUCAGUUCUGAAGAGGAUGUGUGCUCUCUAUGGGCUCUGGACUCUCACCAACCAUAUGGCCAUCCUCUACCAAGGAGGCUAUAUGCGUGGAAAAGAGCCAGCUGACUUCAUGCAGAAUGCUAUCCUCAGCCUCUGUAGUCAGCUCAAAGAUGAUGCUGUGGCUUUGGUUGAUGUAAUCGCUCCUCCUGACUUUAUUCUGAACUCACCCAUUGGCAACGCUGAUGGUGAGCUCUACAAGAACCUGUGGGCCACUGUCAUGCAGGGAAAGAACGUUCUGGAACGUCCAUCUUGGUGGGCGGAAUUCUGCUCGGACAAGCCGGUAGUGGGAUCUCUCCGAGCCAAGCUCUAAUGAGCAGGUCUGAUGUGUGCUCCUAAAGGUUCUACCUUGGCCUAAUAUCUAAACACAGGGAAAAACUUACUUUAAUCAAACUUAUUGUUAAAUUUUACUGACCAUCAAAGAACAAUGAGAUUAGAUCUGGAUUAAAAGAUGAUAAUGAUAAUAAUAAUAAUUGUGCCUUUUAACAGCAUUGGAUUUUAUCAUGUUGGUAAUUAUAUAUUAAAUGAUAUAAUUUACCAUAUAUAUAUAUAUUAUAUAUUAUAUAUAUAUAUAUAUAUAUAUAUAUAAUAUCUGAUAUGAUCAGCAGUGCAAUAGUGAUAGCUAUAAAAGAAACACAUUUGUGUAGCAUAAUUGCUCUUAUCUUAAUAUAACAUCUGUAAAUUGUUCUUAAUUAACAGUGACACUAAAGAAUCAUUUGU